AGCGAGGCGCGGCUCGUCGAGUGGUGGCUGCGCCUUGCGGCUGCGCGCGCACUCACUGGUCGUCUGCUCAUCGAGUCUCUCGCUACCGGCUUUAUUCACGGUUCACCCUCGACACGAAACAUGGAGCAACGCCUCGUGGUCGUCUGCUUCGAUCCAAGCAAGCACAGUGAUUAUGCACUUGACUACUAUCUCAAGUAUGUUCACAAAGAGAACACCAAGGUGAGGGUACUGUUUUGCCCAGAAAACUGGUCCAACAUCGGUCCUUUAGAAGGUCCCACACCAGGGCGGCUGGAGGAGCUGAGGGCGGAGACGAGGGCCCAGGUCGAUGCUUUGAGGGAGAAAGCCAUGGAGAUGCUAGAGGCCGCUCAGGUGACGGGGCAGUUCGUGGAGCUGGUAGGAAAGCGUCCAUCCGAAGAGAUUGUCAAGUACGCUUCCGCCGAACACGCGUCCCUCAUCGUCAUGGGGUCACGUGGCGUGAGCACGAUCAGACGCACCAUCCUCGGCAGCUGCUCCAACGACGUGCUGCACCACGCGCAUUGCCCGGUGCUUGUAUGUAACCACCCGCACAAGUAGCGAGGGCGGUCUGGCCUCUGAACAAGUACCCACAUAGACCAUGGCGGGUUUCACGAACAUGGACAUACUCUUGCUCGUGUAUUUUUAAAGUUGUCUGUACAUGUUUUUCAUUAACUUUCGUAUUUUAUUCUUUGUCUCCUGAUCCUUACCAUUAUAUGCUUCAGCUUGGAUGGCGUCAUUGUCUUUCAUCUACUCCAUUUCUUUCAAUUGAUAAAAAUGGUACUGCCAAUAAAACUUUUUUUCUAUAAUGCU